AUGUUCAUCGUCGCCCGAUUCGUUAUUGGCUUCGCGACGUCGUUUCUCGCCCAACCUUCACCUAUCCUGGUGACAGAGUCGGCAUAUCCGACGCACAGGGCCAAGGCGACUGCUCUGUACAACACAUGCUUUUGCUAUUUGACACUCGUUCUCAACACCAUUGGAAUCACCGAGCCUGCUCAGCAAACACUCAUCAACGGCAUGCUGCAAAUCGUCAACUGGGUAGUUGCUGUCUGCGGCGGUGCCCUCCUGGUAGACCGCGUUGGUCGUCGUUCGCUAUUCCUCGUGGGCACUGGCGGCAUGAUGCUCUCAUACAUUGCAUGGACUGUUUUGAACGCCGAGUUUGCGAAAACCCAAGGUCAACGCAUGGGUACUGUCGUCUUGGUUUACAUCUUCGUCUAUUAUUUCUUCUACGAUAUCUCAUGGACUCCUCUGCCGGUUGCUUACACCGCCGAGAUCUUCCCUUAUAACCUGAGAGGUCGAGGGAUGACGACCAACUAUGUCGGCACAUAUCUCGGCCUCAUCAGCGGACAGUUCAUCAAUCCAAUCGCAAUGAAGGAUAUCGGCUGGCGGUACUACAUCGUGUUUUGCGGUGUGCUAUUCCUUAUGGUUAUUGCCAUAUACCUCUGUGUUCCAGAAACUUUGGAAGAGAUCGCGGAGAUCUUCGAUGGCCCCCGAAGUCAUUUGACUGUAGUUGCUGAGCAUAACAGCCCAAAGGUCUCCACAGAGAUACUGGAAGUGGAAGUUGGAAGAGGAACGGAAACUCGAGUUUAA